AAACAAAACUUAUGAAAAGUGAAAACUAAUAAACAUUAGAAAGGAAAUUAUUAACCUAAUAGUAAAAUCAAAUUAAUUUGUUAAUAUUUUAGGAUUCGUAAUUAUAUAUUAUAAGAUUUUCAGAACAUUAACUGCAUUAGCUGCAAAUUGUAACCUCUAAGAGUAAACAAACAGUAAUAUUAAUUUUUAUUGAACUUACAACUCGUAUACGAUGUCUGAAUCUGAAAUGGAUAUGGACUGUGAAAUUGAAUGCCUGGAUGAAGACGUAGAAAUUGUCCAGCAAUACGUCCUUAAAUUAGACGAUUCUAAAGAAUUCGUUAAAAUUAAAGAAGAACCUUUAGAGUCACCGUCACUUCUGGAAGAAAAACCUGACAAGAGCAUUAAAAAGAAAAUAAAGAAGGAGGAAGAAGAUUCCGAUUAUGAUCCGUCAGAAGAAUAUCGUCAACGUUUCAAAAGAAAAAUGCGACCAUCUCGUCCAAUUUUUAAAAGAGAAAAUGAAAGAACUUCGAAAUAUGAUUUGAAAAUUAGGCGACAAUUAGACAUAAGAAUUCCUGAUUACGAAGAUCCCUUAUGCUUGCCGGUUCGUGCGUGGAAUCGGGAGGACGGAGACCUUAAAAAGUUGAGAAAUUGGAACAAUUUGUGUCUGAAACAUAUGAAAAUGUAUGAAUUACCUUUGCGACCGGACACCAAGGAAGCUGUAUCAUCUACAAGAACGAUUGUUUUGAGGAACUUAAAUACCAGACAGACUGGAAAAGUAGAAACAACUAUGUGGAGCAAAAUAUCGGUAGAAAAUGAAGAUGGUAUGAAAAAAUCUGAAAUUGUGCAAGCCAUGCUUCCCAAGUACAGAGAAAAGAAGUUCUUAAAAUCAGUAGUGUUGGGCCCUAAACAAACAAAACCAGUUAAUUUCAGAGAAGAAGUGAUUCUGACCAAGGAGUUUGAUAAAGAUGAAGAAAUGCUAAUUACAUAUAAACCAAAAUCAGUUCUCUCAUGCACCUAUAAAAUGUUUGAAAAGGAAAGUGAAGGGUCUGAUGAUGACUCCAAGAAGUAUUUGCGUGAGUUAGUAGUCUGCAAAAUGUGUGCACCUUGCUAUCAGACAUCAUGGAGGGGUGUACGCAAAGGAAAUAAUACUAACAUAAAGUGCAGUAUAUGCGAUCGUGUCUGCGUCAGCGUAUAUAACCUGUUAUCUCACGUACGAUCUCACAGCACAGAAGAUGUGAAGGCUCAUAAGAAAGAGAUUUCGAAGUCACUCUCCGAGGUGCUUCAAUACCACUACGAGUGCCGAAUAUGUCCAGAGAGAUGCGACAGUAUUAAGGAUUUGAAGGCGCAUGUUAACACCCAUAAAGGUACUGUGCCGUUUGUCUGCGAGAUCGGCGACCACGUCGCUUCGUAGAAGAUAUACGAAGAAUUCCUCUUGACGGAUUUGCAUAUUUAGACAUCAUUUUUAUUUGAUAAUUACAUAUUUUACACAUAA